UUUUCCAGAGAUGUCUUCCAGUCGCUGUGUUAAGCAGUAAUGAAGUUAAACGGAGACGCCUCACUCUCGCUAAACCCCGCCCACACAUACGUGUUUUCAGACACGCCUCUCUCUCUGUCUCUCUAAACACACCCAUUCACGUGUUUUCAACGUAGCCAGUACGUUCUGUCAAAAUGUCAAUCACGGCGGUAGAACUAGAGGGCUAAUUUAUGGCCUCGUCCGUGUCAGGCCUGCGUUUCUCUAGGAGUGCUUAAUUUAUGGCCCUUUGUUUCUUCCUGACCAAAGAGUUUUUUAUGACUAGGGGGGUCGUGGUGUGAUCCUACAGAUUGUUUAUGAUAAUGAGUGUCUGCGGGGGUGUUAAUGGCUUUACGACACACCCUACAAUAGGUAUGCUUUAUGUUUAAAAGUACGGCCAGUUACGCAGAAGUCUCUAAGAUCGCGGCCGUGUAUCAGAGCGCUGUGUAAUUUUAGGCGAAUCGUCGAUUCUCGUUUUAACUCACCUUUAAAGCUUUAUAUAUUAUUUUUGAGAAUACUUCAAAGAGGAGAUGGCUGUCUGUCGCAACAGUGAUGAUGAUAUUGUGUCUAUCCCGGACAUCGUAGACGAAAUCAGGUUUCUGAACAAGGCAAGCGGGUCGAACACAGAAGUCCCGCGAGUCAGGUUUGAAAACCCCGUGCUGGGCUUGUCAAAUCUUGUAGACAAGAUCGCUGCACCCGAGUUCAAAAAUAGUGCUGCGGUCUCCACUGAACUCGGUAUACCAACGAACUCUGGAAAGGCCAAGCGUAAAACAGUCGCUCAGGUCCACAGCGCGGGUGUCGCUACGUCUAAACGUAAACGAUCAAGAUCUCCCCCACGAUCGACAGACGAGUCAUCUGUGAAUGAACCGAGCGCUAUAGACUCGUGUUUGAAUUGGAAUCAGGAGCUGUUAGAUUCGUGGGACGCAUGUGUAUUUACCCCGGUUCCCGGAGACGAUCUGCCUUCAAACCAAGAAGCAUUUGGUCGCGAGGCUACUGAUGUUAUAGACAAUAACAGAGACUCGGCGGAGGUGAUACGAACCGGGUUCAAGGCCGUCGAGGAUCGUACUGCUGGUUUUGAAAAGACUUUUGCCAGCGUCACCGAGCGUCUGGACAUUAUAGAGAAGAAUCAGCGUCUUUAUAAUCAAAGUCUUGUGGAAACUUUACAAAAACAUACCAUCACACAUAAAGAAAUCAUAGCAAACCAGAAGCGUCUUAUUGGGGACAUUCGUCGCGUUGAUCACAAUCAACACCUGACGGCGGAAUUGUUAAAACAGUUUGUACAGUUAGUUAAAAACAAGAAACUCGGGUGAGUUGUACAAUAAGUAUUUUAUAACCCCUGUGUGUGUGUGUGUGUGUGUGUGUGUGUGUGUGCGUUUAUUUGCUGGUGUGUAUCUGGUUUACGGUGUGUGAUUUUUACUAGUUUUUGUUUCAAUAAUAAAAAUGUCAAAGCGGUGUGGUGAAAACUCGUGUAAUCUGG